CUCUAAUAAUUUUAGAAUCAUAAAUAAAUCAUAGUUUAAGAAAAAUACUCAUCACGUUAACAAAAAGAAAAGCCCAUUAUUUUCAGAUCCUCUUAUCAUCGUCUCUUUUGCCGUCGAAUUGUUCACUUCUUUCCGAUCUCUCUUUUAGCCUCUGCAACUCCGCUUCCAGCUUCCUUCAUUUCUCCUUCGGCAACCCAGAAACCAGUCGACAUCCCAGAUCUAUAACUUUAGGCUCUGAUCCGAAACUUCCCUCACCACACCCGAUACGAUCAACACCCUCUUCUUCCUCAUUGACAAUUCCCCCAUUUUCUCCCAAUGGCCUUCCGAUCUUGAAAACUCAGAUGAGCGCCGCCGAUUCCCCCAAAACUCUGGCAACUCCGCCUGUAUCUGAAUUCGGAUUGCGAUCUUGCUAAUCGCCAACAAUAGAUUCUUCCUUGCGAAGUUCAAAACCUCCCCAAUCAACAAAUUCCCUUUCUUUCCGGCUUCCGCCAUCAAACCAACUAGGGAUUCCAUCUCCUUCACCUAAUCGGCGGUCAUCCAUCUCCGAUCUUGCUAUCAUGUGGAGGUUUAAACCCUUUGCACAAAAAGAACCAGUCGGGCUUGAAGGACGUUAUAUCGAUGUGGGCAAUCUCAAGAUUCACGUCCGCCAUGUCAUUGCCGAGGGAGGGUUUUCUCGUGUUUACCUAGCUCAGGACGCCGUGCAUUUGUCCAAGCAAUAUGCUUUGAAGCAUAUGAUGUGCAAUGACGAGGAGUCUCUAGAUUUGGCAAUGAAGGAAAUCAAUGUGAUGAAAUCACUCAAGGGACAUCCCAAUGUUGUGACGCUUUAUGGACAUACCAUCUUGGAUUCGGGGAGGAUGAAGGAAGCGCUGCUUCUGUUGGAGUUCUGCGAGAAAUCUCUGGUCAGUGUUCUAGAGGGCAGAGGGGCCGAACAUUUUGAUGAGAAACAGGCUCUUUCCAUAUUCAGAGAUGUGUGCAAUGCAGUUUUUGCAAUGCACAGUCAAUCACCUCCGAUUGCACACAGGGACUUGAAAGCUGAGAAUCUUCUACUGGGGCCUGAUGGAUCAUGGAAGUUAUGUGAUUUUGGGAGCACUUCCACCAAUCACAAGCGCUUUGAAAAACCUGAAGAGAUGGGAAUUGAGGAAGACAACAUUCGUAAGCAUACAACACCUGCUUACAGAGCCCCCGAGAUGUGGGAUCUGUACCGGAGAGACCAUAUAAGUGAGAAGGUAGACAUAUGGGCGCUUGGCUGCUUACUCUUUCGCAUAUGCUACUUAAAAAAUGCCUUUGAUGGAGAAUCAAAGCUGCAAGUAUUGAAUGGAAACUAUCGCAUUCCAGAGAUGCCAAAGUACAACUUGGCAGUGACUGUCUUAAUCAAAGAUAUGCUUCAAGCUUCACCAGCUGAUAGACCUGACAUCACACAGGUGUGGUUCCGUGUGAAUGAACUGUUGCCAGUCAAUCUGCAGAAGUCACUGCCCCAUGUCCCACCUGAAAGUCAGUCCCAAGGAAUGCAUGAAGGUUUCCCAAAACAGCGAGAUAGGUCAUCUCCAAUGCCUCGUAGAAGUCCACCUCCUCCUCCUUCGUCUGGCACAGGACACUCAGGACAGAUUGGUGCUUUUUGGUCCACGCAACAUGCAAAGGAGUCACUUGUUGUUGAAAGGCCAAAAUUUGAUGAGGAACCAAACUUUGUUUCAUCACACAAUGAGAGAAUUCGGCCAGAGAACUCCAACUUAACCAAAAACACCGGAUUCAUAAAACCUGAGAGUAUACAAAGUCAUGGCUCUCAAAGCAAUGUGCUGGGGAAAACUCCUCAAAAUGAUACUUCCAGGGAUUUUGAAAUGAACUUCUCCAAGAAACACAGAGACCAUGGUUUUGAGCAGCCAAAAGUGUCGAUGAACUCCAAUAAUGCUUCUUUAUUUCAAGAUGAUACUUUCAACACAUUUGUUGCUGAAUUUGAUACCGAAAAGGUAAACUCCUUCAAUGUAAAUACUAGUAACAAAACCGAGCAGGGAGAUACUCUGGAAGCUGAAGUUGAGAGGCUGAAGGAGCAGGUGAAGCGGGCUAAUUUGGAGAAAGCUGAAAUGACUUCCAAAUUUGAGAAGCUGUCUGCCAUUUGCCGAUCUCAGAGGCAGGAGAUACAGGAGCUUAAGCAGAGUCUAGCUGCUACUCCGCUACCAAACAAAAGUGGAGAAUCACCAAUGAAUCAGUCGCCUGCAACUGUUGCGCAGCAGAAGUUGGAGAGUGGCAGGAAAAGCACAGAAACAAGCUCAUGGCAGCCUUUCGCAGAUAAGAUGGAGCAGCAGGCAUCACCCAGUUGCAACACUCCUCCGCAAUCUGUUAGGACGAGUCUUGCACAAGGGGCCAGUCAAUCCACUUCUAGUUCCUGGGGUUUUGAUGGACAGGGUUUCAGGGCGGUUUCUUCUGCAGGUGGCCAGCCUUCUACUCAUAAUUCCCAGCAGUCUGUAAGGAGAAAAAGUGUUGAUAGCCAGUCAAAAACUCAACCAGCUGGAUGGGCUGGGUUCUAGUUCAAGGGUAAGGCUUGUUCCGAAAGAAAGGGAAAGGAAGGGGGGAUAUUGAAGGGUAUUUGAUCAGAACUAUGAUGUCUUUCUUUGCCAGUUCUUCCCCAGAGAGAGUGAGAGAGAGGAAACUGGAAAUGGAACUCUCCAAGUAUGGCAUUUAUGUGGUUGCUAUUUCUUUCUGUUGUGAGUGCUCCCCACUUGUAGAUUCACAUUUUUUUUUCUUGAUUGCACUUGCACUGGUUUUCAACUAAACAGCAGCAGCCCAUGCUGUGAAGUGUAUACCUGUCUGCAGUAUUCGGUUUUUUUUUUUUUGGUAUAAGGCAAUAGUAGCUGAUGAUAUUUUGUUGCUGUUAGAGUCGGAAUACCCAGAUGAGGUCGAUGUGCUGUCGCUAUUAACACGAAGCCGUUGCACUC